AUGCAAACAACUGAAGAUCAGAACAAGGAUCCAGCUUUAUGGGAAAUUAACGACACUUUAAGGGAAAUUAUUGCAAGAUGCGGCUUCGAUCAAAACAAAUGUUCUGACUUCUCUAAAAGUGAAAGAGUAUAUGCUGAUCAACGUCGUUUCUUGCCAGUGAGUAUCUUCCAAAGAAAAAUGAAAAACAAUGAAGUAAAGGACCGAAAUUGGCUGGUUUACUCCGAAAGUAAGAGAUCCGUAUACUGCGGGCCGUGUUUAGCAUUUGGUCCAUUGGAGAAUAAAACUCAGUUCGAGAACGAAGGAUUUAAUGACUGGAAAAAUGCAGAACUUCGAGUAGCUCAGCAUGAAAACUCAGCGCGUCAUAAAUCCAGUAUCCUUAGUUUGAAAGCUAGAAGUGCGAUUGAUUCUCGAAUCGAUAAUUUACUUCAUUUGCAAAUUGAUGAAGAAAUCACUUAUUGGAGAAGCGUUUUGAAAAGGGUUGUUGCUGUAGUGAAGCGGCUGUGUUCAAGAGGUCUCGCUUUUAGAGGAAAAAGUGAAAAGUUCGGUGAUCCACACAACUGGAAUUAUUUUAUGAUCCUGGAACUGUUAGCUGAGUUCGAUCCUUUCUUAGCCAGUCAUAUUGAGCGGUUUGGGAAUCAAGGAUCCGGAAGUACCAGUUACUUGUCGAAAACAGUUUGCGAUGAGUUUAUACUCUUGAUGGGCCAUAAAGUAUUGAAGCAAAUUGGAGAUGAGAUAAGAAGGGCGAAAUACUUUUCCUUAAUUAUCGAUUCGACACCGGAUAUAGCGCAUGUGGACCAGCUCACCUUCGUGAUCCGAUAUGUUUCAGAAACAGGAGAACCCUGUGAAAGAUUCCUCAAGUUUUUGCCCUCAGUGGGACAUAAAGCUGAAGAAAUGUUUGCUGCUAUUGCUUCGGAACUGAAAACCUUGGGUUUGAAUAUUCAAGACUGCCGUGGACAAUCUUAUGACAAUGCCGCAAAUAUGUCUGGGAUAUACAAUGGCUUACAGGCUAAAAUUCAACGUCAAGCACCAUUUGCUUUUUUCGUUCCUUGCUCUGCCCAUUCUUUAAAUUUAGUGGCAACAGCGACUGCUGAAUCGUGCACAGAAGCUUGUCGAUUCUUUAUGUUGCUCCAAGAAAUAUACGUUUUUUUUUCAAGUUCGACACAACGCUGGAAGAUUUUGAUGACUGAAGUUGGAGAAGACAAAACAGUCAAGAGAGUAAACCUCACACGUUGGUCAGCUAGAGAGGAUGCGUGUAAAAGUUUGAGAGAUUCGUGGCACGAAGUCAUUAAAGCUUUGGAAGUAAUCAGGGACGAUUGCACGGAGAAGCCUGUCACAAGAAACGAAGCAACGGGAAUUCUUUCAAAGUUGAAUCAAUUGGAAACGGCGUUGAUGGUUGUUGUGUGGAACGUUUUUUUGGAAAGAAUAAACAAAGUAAAUGUUCAAAUCCAGGCUUCUACCGUCGAUUUGAUUACCGUAGCCGAUCUUUAUGAAUCUCUUCGCAAGUUUUUCGUGGAUCAACGGGAAAACUUCAAGUAUUUUGAAGAAAUGGCGAUGGAAUUAAGUGCGUCGAAGCAAUACGCAAAAGACCUCGGAAAAAGACAACCGAAAAGGAAAAAAAUUGCUGACGAAACACCCGAGGAAGAAAUAAGUAUGACCGCAAGUGAUACUUUCAAAAUCAACACAUUUCUCGUCAUCAUUGAUAGACUCGCAUCCGAAUUGGAAAAAAGGAAGAAGGCGUACGACAAUUUCAAUGAAAAAUUUUCAUUUCUGACCACAAUGAGCGAAUUGUCAUCAUCAACCCUUACGAAAAAGGCUCGGUCUUUGGAAGAAACGUACCCUAAUGAUUUAGAGACUGAAUUCGUUCAAGAAUGCAUACAUUUUCGAAGCCACAUUUCUUCGCAAAGCAUUCUGGUGAAACCAGAGAGUUUGCAGAACGUUUAUCCGAACUUGGACUUUAUUAUCCCUUCGUAUGGCUUUAUGUACACCAGCGACGAAUUGUUCGGGUGA